GUCAAGGCUUUUAAGUUGAAAACCAAAACCCAAAGGCAAUAGUGAAUAUAUCAUAUGGCCCCCAAAAAGAGAUUUAACUUAGCCAGAGCCAGCGAUGGCGAAGAAGAAAGGCGGCAUUGGCAUCGGCAUUGCCUUGUACAUCGGCAUAAGGCUCAUAAUUAAGCAUAGGCUUGACGUGUGCGUAACAAUGAAGAAGAAGAGAAACAGAGUGACGGAGAAGGUGAAGAAGAAUUCAGAGAAGGAGGAGGAAUCACCUGCGACGGAGAUGCAGCAGCAGCCGCUGCUGGACUUGCAAGCUUUGCCGGAAGGAUGCAUAGCCCACGUAAUCUCGUUGACAAGUCCUCCAGAUGCAUGCAGGCUCUCCUCGCUUUCUAAGGCUAUCAGGUCGGCGGCUGAAUCCGACGCCGUUUGGGAGAAGUUCAUUCCGCGUGAGACACACGAGAUCCUUUCUCAGUCCAAUUCAUCACUUUCGUCUUUCCCUCCAAAAUCCAAGAAGGAGCUCUACAUGGCUCUGUGCGACACCCCCAUCCUCAUUGACGAGGGCUACACGAGCUUUUCACUAGACAAAUGGAGUGGGAAGAAGUGCUAUAUGAUAGCUGCAAAGCGCCUUCGGAUUGCUUGGGGUGAUACUCGUCGAUAUUGGAGAUGGAAAUCUCUGACUCAGUCCAGGUUUAAGGAGGUGGCCGAGCUUCGUAUAGUAUGUUGGCUUGAAAUCCGUGGGAGAAUUGAAACGAGCAUGCUGUCCCCAUCCACGACGUAUAAAGCUUAUCUGGUGUACAAGUUAACUGAAAGCACUGAACGAGGCUGGGCCUGUGAGCCUGUCGUGGUCACGGUUGGUGCAAGAGCUUAUGGGUUUGAUUAUGAAUGCCCUGGUUUGAAGGAAAUAACUGCAGGCAUUAAGCACACUGCGUUUCUGGGCCCCAAAGGGAAAUACAAGCACAGUUUGCAAGGAACUGGUGAAGCUAAAUUUCCAAAUGAAAGGAGGGCGGAUGGGUGGCUGGAGAUGGAGCUGGGUGAGUACCACUGUCAAGGGGAUGAAGAUGGGGAGUUGGAGAUGAUUUGUUGUGAGAUUGAGACUGGUAUGGGUAAGGGUGGUCUCAUUGUUCAAGGGAUUGAGAUCAGACCGAAAAGGAACUAG